AUGGACAACGAUACUAUUUUUCCUGCUUUAUCCGAGAGUGAAAUGAUUAUGGGUAAAUACAGAGGUGCAGACCGUUCUCAAAUGAAGAGAGCAAUAGCCAUUCUUACUAAUUUUCGGCUUUUAAUUCGCUGGAAAGGAAUGACUUGCGGCUGCUUUACUCAUUCUUCCUACUCUUCAAUCAUGAUCGAUUCCAUUGAUCGCAUUGAUGAUGCGCGUCUCCAAGAAACCGCGGGAAUCUUUGUAAUGAUAUUCCUGCUACUUGGAGGAAUCGGUUUGAUUAUCGGCGGUUUCGUCUAUAAAGCAACGCAGUUGUUCUCAAUGGGUAUAGGUGGUAUUAUUAUCGGUGUGCUCAUUCUGAUUGUUUUCUGUUGUGGCAACAAGUACAAAUACAUUACAUUCAAAGGUCCUUUUGGCUCGGAAACGAUAGUAUUUGAGAAAUCGACUGCUAAUGAAUUCGAAAUUCGAUUGAGUAAAAUGGUCCAUCAACGACGUAUGCAUCGUUUUAUCGAACAAAAUGGACCGCGUUCUCUACUUGAACCGUCAGCGCAAAUGGCAUCAAACUACAAUAUUGAUAUGGAAAUCAAAUAG